AUGAUCAUAGCGCCAAAAGGGUUUAUAUCCUCGACCAGCACUUUGAAACUCAUUAAGUUCUCACGCGGUAACAGAUUCAGAAUGAACGGCCCAGCAGUUCAUCAGGACGGAUGGUCUGACCAGAAAGAGCACAAUAUUCACACCAGUGCUCGUGAUCUAAGAGGAUUCACAGGCCACACCACACCACCACCAACACCACCACCACCACCACCACACCACACCAUCACCAGACACUACCACGCACCACCACAUCACACCACAUCACAUCACACCACACCACACCACACCAUACCACACCACACCAUCACAUACCAUAUCAUACCACACCAUGCCACACCAUACCACACCACGGUAUCCUUGGUGCCCCGACCUGGUCAGCCCCGCCGAUCCUCGCCAAGCCCCCUCCGAUCCCCGCCCGUCCCGCCAAGGGACCUGAGAUUCAACAAGAUAAGGAGCAUCCCGCCAAACCACUUCAAGGACCUCAAACACCUUCACACCCUGCUGCUCAACAACAACCACAUCACGCGGCUCCAGAACACGACCUUCACCGGCCUCGAGUCCCUCCGUUACCUGUAUUUAUACAAGAACAGGAUACGAAUUAUAGAGAAGGGAGUGUUCAAGAACCUCAGCAAUUUAGAACAGCUAUACCUUCAUUUCAACGACCUUGCAACAUUCGAGGCCGACACCUUCUCCAAUCUGACCAGUCUUCAGCGGUUAUUUUUGCACAACAAUCGUCUUCAAAGAGUACCAAGAGGUGCAUUCUCCAGCCUUCACGCCCUCAGGCGACUGCGGUUGGACUCCAAUGCACUGGUGUGUGACUGCCGGCUGAUGUGGUUGGCCCAGAUGGUGAAGGAGAAGCAGCACACCACACAGGUCGCCGCUACUUGCCACUUUCCAUCAGAACUCCAGGGGAAGAGCCUCACCUCGCUCACAGACUCAGAGUUCCAGUGUCGAGGAACACCCCUCAUCAAGGAAGGUCCAGCAGAUGUGGAGGUCAAAUUUGGUAGCACUGCUUACUUCACCUGCAAGGUUGAGGGUGAACCAUUCCCUGAGGUGGUCUGGUUUCACAACAAUGAGGUGAUCAGUGACAAAUCAAGGCACAGUGUUCUGAAUGAUGGAACACUGAUGAUUGAGAACGCUCAGGAUGACGACUUUGGCUACUACGAGUGCAUGGCCAUCAACCACAUGGGUGAGGUGAAGUCUCGCAAGGCCAAGAUGGCACCUGAAGAGCAGCAAGAUGAAGCACAUGAUGAGGCUGGUAAUUCUCUUGAGGCUGUUACAGGUCCAGCAAAGCCACGUUUUCUUCGUUUGCCAAGUAAUGUCAAUGUGACAGAAGGUGACACUGUGGAAUUACACUGUGAGGCUUCAGGGAUGCCAAAGCCUGAUAUUGUUUGGAACAAAAACAAUGAGCCAAUUGUGCUGGGUCCAAGAAUUCAGGUGUCCAACCAAGGUUCACUCUCCAUCUCAAUAACUGAACGGGAAGAUGCUGGGAACUACAGAUGUACUGUUGCUAAUUUCCUGGGGAGGAUUGCUGCCACUGCCACACUCAGGGUGUUUGUUCCACCCAGGUUGACAGUGGAACCGGAUGACAAGUAUGUCAGCCCAGGAUCCAACGUGCAGUUCACAUGUGAGGCUGAUGGUGUUCCUCAGCCCAUUAUCACCUGGUACAAAGAUGGCCAGACCAUUUUUCCUUUUGGCGGCUACACACUCUCCCUGCAUGGAUUCACUCUUGGAGUGCAACAAGUGCAACCAUCAAAUGAAGGAGAAUACACAUGCAGAGCUCGAAAUGCUGCUGGGACACAGGAAGCCUCAGCCGUGCUUUAUGUUCGAGAAAGGGUAGCUCCGGUUAUUGACACAGAGCCUCGGGACAUGUUGGCUAAGGAAGGUGAUGAAGUGAUUGUGCUUCCGUGCAAGGUUGAUGGACAGCCCCAACCAAGAGUGAGCUGGAGGAAAGAUGGCGAUAUAGUGACCUCCAGUGAUAAAUACAGGAUUGAAAGUGAUGACUCCUUAUCAAUUCACAAUAUAACACAAGAUGAUGCAGGGCUGUAUGAGUGCACUGCACAGAACAAUAUUGGGUAUGCCACUGCCACAGCCAGAGUUACAGUAGAAGUGAAAGAAAGACCUCACAUAGGGGACCCAUUCCUGCAGCAGAGCUUUGAGGAAGCCCGCCAACAGGUGGAUAGAGCUGUUAAUGACACAAUUAGCCAACUGUUCCAGCGGGACAGGACACGCUCUCCAAAUCCUCAUGAACUUCUGAGAAUAUUCCGGUUUCCAACCUCUGAGGGGCGAGAAAUUGCCAGAGCUGCUGAGAAGAUAGAGCAAACUCUGAACAUUGUCAGGACACAUGUAGAGUCAGGCAUGGUAUUCAAUCUUACAUCUUAUGACUACCAGGACCUUCUGUCUCCUGAGAAACUUAUAUUGCUGAGGAAUCUGUCUGGCUGCCUUGCCCACCGCCGGUCAGUGUACUGUGAUGACAUGUGCUUCCAUGCCAAGUACCGCAGCAUUGAUGGCACCUGCAACAACUUCCAUAACCCACUCUGGGGCUCCUCUCUCACAGGCUUCAGACGUGUUCUGCCUCCAGUUUAUGAAAAUGGAUUUAAUACUCCAGUGGGUUGGUCAAAAACAAAACGCUACCAUGGUUUCUUCAAGCCCAGUGCUCGGCUGGUAUCUUCUCGCAUUAUCAGCACAGAGGAGGUGUCUCCAGACCAUCACUGCACCCACAUGCUUAUGCAGUGGGGGCAGUUUGUUGAUCAUGACAUUGACCAUGCCCUUCCUUCCAUAUCCUCAGAGAGUUUUCAUGAUGGAGAGAGCUGUCAAAGGUCAUGCGAUUACGCCCCACCGUGCUUCCCCAUCGAGAUCCCACCUGAUGACCCUCGCAUCAGAAACCAUCGCUGUAUGGAGUUUACCCGAUCGUCUGCUGUGUGUGGCUCAGGCAUGACAUCAGUUUUCUUCAAUACAGUGCUACCAAGGGAGCAGAUCAACCAACUCACCUCUUAUAUAGAUGCAUCUCAGGUAUAUGGAUCAAGUGCUACAGAGUUAAGGCUUUUGCGAAACUUGACUAACUAUGAAGGAAAGUUAAGGCAAGGAGUCCCAGGUCCAACAGGAAAACCCUUGAUGCCAUUCAGUGAUGGUGCCCCUGUGGAUUGCCGAAGAGAUCCUAGUGAGAGUGGCAUAGACUGUUUCUUGGCAGGAGAUAUUAGGGCCAAUGAACAGUCUGGCUUGACAGCAAUGCACACUUUAUGGUUCAGGGAACACAACAGGAUAGCUGAUGCUUUUAAGCAGAUGAAUCCACACUGGGACAGUGAUACAGUGUUCCAUGAAGCCAGAAAGCUUGUUGGGGCUGAAAUGCAGCACAUCACAUACACACAUUGGCUGCCACACAUCAUUGGACCCAGAGGGAUGGAGAUGCUUGGUGAAUACACAGGAUAUAACCAAGACUUAGAGCCAACUGUCAGUAAUGUGUUUGCUACAGCAGCUUACAGGUUUGGGCAUUCUUUAAUCAAUCCCAUUCUUCACCGAUUAAAUGCUACCUUCCAGCCCAUCCCAGCAGGCCAUUUACCUCUACAUAAGGCAUUCUUCAGCCCCUGGAGGAUAGUUGAAGAAGGGGGCAUUGACCCACUGCUAAGAGGCUUGAUCGCCACUCCUGCUAAGCUGAAAACUCCAGGUCAGUUUUUGAACACAGAGCUGACAGAGAAGUUGUUCCGUGCUGCUCAUGAAGUUGCAUUGGAUUUGGCCUCCCUCAACAUCCAGCGGGGCCGAGAUCACGCAUUGCCAGGCUACACUGAUUGGCGUCGGGAGUGUAAUCUCUCAGUGCCUGAGAACUUUGACCAGCUGACUGCUGAAAUAUCCUCAAGUGAUGUUCGAAAUAGCUUAAAGCAGUUGUAUGGUCACCCAGGAAAUGUGGAUCUGUGGGUGGGUGGAUUGCUAGAAGACCCUGUAGAGGGAGCCCGUGUAGGCCCCACCUUCCUGUGUCUUCUGGUGGACCAGUUCAGAAGGCUGAGGGAUGGAGACAGGUUCUGGUAUGAGAAUCCAAAUAUCUUCAAGACGGAACAGCUGCAGCAGAUCAAGCAGUCCACACUUGGCCGGGUGAUGUGUGACAAUGGUGAUAACAUUCAAGAUGUGACAGAUGAUGUCUUCAUCUUGCCAAGGGAACAAUCUCCAGCUUUCGUGCCAUGCUCCAGUCUUCCAUACGUUAAUUUACGUUUAUGGACUGAUUGCUGUACAGACUGUAGAAAUGCUGGCAAUUUCAUUAGUCUGACACAAGCCCCUGGGUACCGCUUCAGACGCCAGGCUGAGUUUUCAUACCUUGAGGACCGGGAGCACCUCAUGAUGGAGAGGGACAAGAGGCAGGCGCACAGGACUGAACAGAAUUAUGUGACUCAUAUUAAUAAUGUUUUGAGAAAUGAUUCAUUUUCAUAUGAAAAUGAACAAAGUAGCAUACCAAAACUUCCUGAGAGGAAAGAUCCAAGAGAACCACUCACCACCUCCACCACUGACCACACCACUAAUGAUCUGGGAAACUAUGAAGAAGACCUCACAGAACAACGCAUUGAAGGAAUUGAAACUUUGGUGGAACAACUUUCAAAAACUGUAUUUGAACUUAAUAACAAGGUGAACACCAUCGUGCAGAUGUGUGGAGGAACCCCAAGAAAAAGGAGGAGAAAAGUGUGUGUGGAUGAGUCAAACUACAGGCGCCUCCCAGGGGAAGAGUGGCACAAGGACCCCUGCACUGUCUGCAGAUGUCGGAGAGGAAACAUCCGAUGUCAAGUGAUUCAGUGCCCACCCGUGACGUGCACUAAUCCGACACAGGAGGCAGACCAGUGCUGUCCUGUUUGCUGAGAUGAACAUUGAACUAUUAUAGUGAUUUGUGAAUUCUUUUUUCUUUUUGUUUUCUUUAUAGUAACUGAUUCAUUGUGCUAAAUUCUAGAGCUGCACAGCUUAUUGAAUUUGCACAUAUGUAAUGUUGAAAAGAAAAUUAUAUAUUGUUUAAGAAAACUCAUUGACACUUGACAGUGCCUUGGAUGUGAUAAUAGUUUUGUGGCUUUAUUGUUGUGUGAUGGUCUUCCCUCACAGGGAAAAAUACGUAGCUUCACUUGAGAUGCAUAAUCCACAUCAGUGUAAUGAAGUCCAGGUUUUGAACAGACUUUGUGUUAUAUAUACAUGCAUCCAUAGUAAAAAGAUGAAGCUGUGAUUUUACAAUAAGGACCACCGUGAUAUAUUUCUAAUGAUAGCCGUUAUCAUGUAUAAAUGUUGCAUAUAGGAUGGUGUGAAGACUGUUUAUGAAAAUAUGUAUUUUAUCGGUCUCAGUAUGCAGUUUUAUAGAGCUAACUCUGGCAGUAAGAUGCUGUCAGUCUUCUGCUGUGGCCUGGUGUACCUCCUGUGCUGGUUAUGAAUAAUUUUCUUCUACUUCCUUUCCUGCACAUUUUGUCAUUGCCAGUCUCAACUUUACUUAAAUUAUAAACUUUUUAAAAUUGGUAGCGUUUGCCCAGCUUGCGCUUGCAUUACUAGUCAGUAGGAAGUGUAUAUGUUCACGUUCAUCUGGAAAUAUAGUUAAAUGAGAAGGUCAAUACUGUUUAUUAUGCUGUACUUAGGUUUAUUUCUAAAUAUUUUAGAUUGCUUCUUAUUGUGUCUUAGCAUUACUAAUAUGGUGCUAAUCUGAUAGGAAAAUCUAUCUCAAGUAUAUUUAUUGAAAGCUGUAAUGUCACACACUGCCAGUCAUGCUGUAGGAAUGUAACUGACUAUAUAAAAAUAACCCCAUAUGUACAAUGUAAAUUUGUAGCAGACUGUAUUUUUUUCUACUAACAUAAGUGUUAUUUUUGAAGA